AUGCCUUCUCGUAGACGUACCCUCCUUAAAGUCAUCAUCCUCGGCGAUAGCGGGUUAGGUUUCUUCCCAGAUUCUGUUUUUCUCAUCUUUGUAUUUUGCUCACUAUAUGUUAAUAAAAAGUUCAGUAACCAGUACAAGGCCACCAUUGGAGCUGACUUCUUGACUAAAGAAGUCCAGUUUGAAGAUCGUCUUUUCACUUUACAGAUAUGGGAUACAGCUGGACAGGAAAGGUUUCAGAGCCUUGGUGUAGCUUUUUACCGGGGUGCUGAUUGCUGUGUUCUUGUAUAUGAUGUCAACUCCAUGAAAUCUUUUGACAAUCUCAACAACUGGAGAGAAGAGUUUCUGAUCCAGGCGAGUCCAUCGGAUCCAGAGAAUUUUCCGUUUGUUCUUAUCGGAAACAAGGUGGACGUGGAUGGUGGAAAUAGCAGAGUGGUUUCAGAGAAAAAGGCUAAAGCUUGGUGCGCUUCAAAGGGAAACAUUCCCUACUUUGAAACCUCUGCUAAGGAAGGCACCAAUGUUGAGGAAGCUUUCCAAUGCAUUGCCAAGAACGCUCUGAAGAGUGGAGAAGAGGAAGAGCUAUACUUGCCGGACACAAUUGAUGUUGGGACAAGCAACCAACAGAGGUCUACAGGGUGUGAAUGCUAA